AUGAGAAAGUCACGAGAUGUUCUAAAUAUCUUGAAAAACCAAGGCGGUCAUUAUCACCGUUAUCGACAUCGGUCCCAAAGCGUUUCACCUGGGAGAAUUAAAAAAAGAAAUAAUGCCAGAAGACUUCAUUUUUUAAAGGAAUUGGAAAAUACAGCUAGGUGCAUUUGGAAUGUCUCAGAAAAGCGGCAUAAGCAUGCAGAUCCUGGCUUAAAAGGCGGUGGAAGAAAAGGUGCUAAACCAACAUUGGAUUUAGAAAGACUAGCCAGCAUUAUAAUAAGAGUGUCAAUCUCCAAGGAAUCAUCAAAAAAAGAAUUCUGGAAGGCCGUUGCACAAAAUUAUUAUAAGACGCUUACAGUGGACAAAAUAAAAGUGGAACAAUUGCGUCUAGUAUGGCGACGAAACAGUGGGGACAUCAGAGGCCGAGUUAAGUAUGUACAUCAACGAGAGGAAUUAAACAAUGGCCAUUCUACUGAAAACGAUCUAGUCUCGUGUAUGGAUGACGAUCAAGGCGAACCUAUUGAUACUUCAAAACUUAUCCAAAGUCAUCUGGACUCUCGAAAUAGUAGUAAUGAAGGUUCAAUGUCCCACGAUAGCAGUAUUGAUGAUUUUUUUGGACGUGUUGUCGGGCGAGCUGUUGUUACCGUUUACAACGAAUUCUGCCGUGGUGAUCAACACCAAAACCCGUCUUCGGCUACAAAAGAGCCAGCGAUGACGUCGCCGAAUUUGACAAACAUUGAAGUGGGAGGUUCACAAUGUAGUAAAAUACCAACUAGUCCUAUUCCACAUCCCAGUUUUCAAUCUCCAAGACAGCAUGUAUAG